CCUACUUCUAGGUUCGACCGUACCCUCCCCCAGGGUACGGGUGGGUCGGGUCCCAGGGCGGCCGCUGAGUGGCGGAUGGCCCGCGGUGGGCCCCACCGGGGGGGGGAGGGUACAGGGUUUUUACAUACCCUCCCCCAAAGUCCUUCAUUUCUGGGUCAAUCAGCAUAAUUUUAGGAUCUGAAUUUUUCUUAUUUUUUUCUCUAAUUUCCUAUCCCGGUCCGAUUCCCCCAGCAGUAUCAUAUGUGGUCGAACUGGUCCGGGUCUGAUUUCAUUAGGGUCUUGUUUUGUUGGGGUCUGCCAAGCCUCCCGGAACGGGUAGUCUAUACCCGAUCCAGCUAUGAUGCAGUCUGUUUACCCUAAUGAUAUCAUGCCUCAGGCAGCUAAUUAGAUUAUCCAUGAGCUGCCUCAUCAAUCAUAUCACCUCCGGAGGCCUGUACCCGGUUCCUAUCACCAUGAUCCAAUCGGUGCGCCCGGGUAUGGUCCAGUCAGUUAUAAUCCAGUUGGCCAAUUUGGUCCGGUCGGUCAUGGUCAUGUUGGUCCGGUCAGAUCAGUCACGGUUGCGCUGGUCAGGUCGGUCAUGGUCAUGUUAGCCAGGUUGGUCAGGUCGGUCAGGUCGGGCAGGUGAGGCAGGUCAGGUCAGUCAGUCAUGGUUGCGCUGGUCAGGUCAGUCACGGCUGCGCUGGUCAGGUUGGUCAUGGUCAGGCCGGUCAUGGUCAGGUCAGGUCAGUCAUGGUGGUGUUGACCAUGCUCGUGUUGGCCAUGUUGGUCAGGUCGGUCAUGGUCAUGUUGGCCAGGUCAGUCAUGAUCAGGUUGGUCGUGUUGGCCAUGUCGGUCAGGUCAGUCAU